UGAUAGUCCGGAUCACAUCUGUUUGCUCCUAGCGUCGUUGUAGGACUGAGUAUCUAAUCAUUAGUCUCGCAGCUGUCGUCGACAGAGGCGCCAAACCGCGAGUGCGUCCCUAUGUCCAUACUUGCUAUAUAGAGCUCCAGACUAGAUUCAUAGCAAAUCCUUUAUUGAACCGCAAAUAGGAGUUGGUUAACUAGUGCAAAUUCAUGUGAUUUCGUCACUUUACCAUUUAUUUGACAAUCUGCUGUGGAAAGAAUUCGAUAAGCAAUAUCGAGUGCGCAAAGUCCAAUCUUACGCAGCGAAAGCAAUCCCUAAAGCACUCAGUAUGCGGACCAUGAAGAAAAUUCGAGCGAUAAUAGUGUUCCUGUUGAUGUACCUGCGAUUUAAAAUCAGACAAUGUUUACGCAAGUCAUUCAAAACACACAUUAUACAGACACAAUAUGGGCCAAUUAAGGGCGCUAGAAGAAUAUCCUGUUGGAACGAACCCUUUUACAGCUACGAGAAAAUUCCGUUUGCAAAACCCCCUGUUGGAAAUCUUAGGUUUAAGGAUCCAGUUCCUCCCAACAGUUGGAAAAAGCCGUUAGACUGUACCAAAGAAGCCCCGAUGCCAAGGCAAGUUAACGUUGUUAUGAAAAACGUAGAAGGGAAUGAAGACUGUUUAUAUCUUAACGUAUUUACGAAUGAUCCUGAUCCUAGAAAACCACGCCCAGUUAUGGUUUGGAUUUACGGCGGAGGUUUUGUAAGUGGAACAACGUCGAAGAACUUCUAUAGCCCCGACUAUUUCAUGUCAGAAAAUGUGGUGUUGGUGUCGAUCGCAUAUCGAGUUAGCAUUCUUGGUUUUCUUAGUUUAAAGGAUCCCAGCCUUGGAAUACCUGGUAAUGCCGGCCUGAAAGAUCAAAUCAUGGCGCUGAAGUGGGUACGCGACAAUAUCGCGAACUUUGGAGGUGACCCGAACAAUGUAACUGUCUUUGGCGAGAGUGCAGGUGGCGCGUCGGUGCAUUAUUUAAUGCUGAGUGAUCAGGCGAAAGGUCUUUUCCACAGAGCUAUCAUGAUGUCCGGAUCAGCCCUGACACCUUGGGCGCUGAUGCCUCCAAACAAUUGGGUGUAUCGACUAGCACAGAGAAUGGGCUUCAAAGGAGAGCUUACAGAUAGACAUGUUUUAGGAUUUUUCAUGAAAGCAAAGAGUGGAGACUUAGUAAAACAUGAAUCGAAACUUUUGAAUAAGGAGGAGAUCCGUAAUCUAAUCUUAUUUGCUUCUGGGCCGGUGAUUGAACCUUAUGUGAAUGAGAAUUGUGUUAUACCAAAACACCCGAGACUCAUGGCAAGAGACGCUUGGGGUAAAGAUGUGCCUGUGAUUAUUGGCGGUAAUUCAUUUGAAGGACUUUUCUGUUUUCCAGACGUAAAAAAACAUCCUUGGAAGUUGGAGACUUUCAAAAAUGGUGAAUAUCUAGUACCUCUAGAGUUAAACUUAGACCGCGAUAGUGCAAAAGUGCAAAGGAGUUAGGGCUUGAGACUUCUGAAGAGAACAUUUUGCUAAUCAAAAGCCAACACUAUUCCCAUAUCUGAAUCUUUUGUCAUACAAAUAUUUCUGGCAUGGGCUGCAUCGAACACUUCUUUCUCGUGCGAAAUACGCGAAAGCGCCAACUUUUCUUUAUAGGUUUGACUUCGAUUCACCAACUUUCAACCACGCCCGCAUUAUCUGUUGUGGAA